AUGGAGCAAUCAAAGCAGCCAGCGGAAUAUUACGCUGUACAUAUCCCGUCACCAGAUGGUGGGAUAUCUAAUGAAGGGGCCGUAUUCGCAACCCUAAGAGAAGCAUCCAGUUUUGCGAACACUCCAGAAAGUAAAGCAAAAGGUGCUCGUUUCAAGCGCUUUCAAAAUGAGGAAGACGCAAAAAAUUACGCCAAAAAUGGUGAUAUGUUUUGCAAAAGCCCUGAAAUAUCAGUCGGAAGUCAGCCUACAGGAGAACCGGGUUCAUCUUUUCCGUCCGUUUCUCGAAUUAUGCUCAAUCGUUUGAAAAAGUCAAUAGAAUUAAAGGAUGAUGGAUUAUUCUCGGAAAUGGUUUUCCAGAAUCCUCGUUAUUUAAUUAACAUAGGAAGUGACACGCCAACAAUCGUAGUCGAAGGUUUUCGUUAUAAUGCUAUGCAUCUGGCUGCCAAAGUUGGCAAUUUAUACGUUGCUAAAUACGUUCUGCAUCUUAUCUGCGAUAGUGAAGCAUUACUUGCUUUAUAUGGGACGUCGGAAGAUGAUGUUAGAAUGCGCUCACGUAUACUUCUGGAUUGUUACCUUAAUAUGCCGGACAAAGGUGCACACGAUACACCAUUACAUUUUGCAUCUAAAUUUGGACAUUAUGAUCUUGUUGAACUCUUUCUGAGUUACAACUUGUGUCAGAAAAGUCCCAUAAACAAGAUGGGUUUAACUCCUGCUGAAAUUUGUUGCACGAGAUAUGGUGGCCGUGAUAAGGAAAAUCUCCUUGGUUCAAUGUUGCCACUUUUCGUUUCUUUCUUUGUUGCACUUUAUCGUCCAACGGAUAAUUAUUAUUCAAUAACUAUCCAACUUCUCGAUGAAGUACCGCCUAAUACACUUCCAAAUGAUACACCUGGACCCUCUGUAUGCAAGUCAACUUUGGAAACAUGUGAACUUGCAGCUUACGCUGGACCAUUCUCUGAUAGAGCUAUAGCACAGAAAUUUUGUGAAACAUGGAAAACCGAGGAAAAAGAUUGUCGUAGAUCGUAUCCUCGGAAAGGCGCUGAACGUAUUGGGCGACGUCUUGCUAAUGAAUACCAAAUAAUUUGGAUGGAGCGCUGGAGUUUUUGCAAUAAACUGCUUGAUUUUCAGUCUUGCGCAGGACUUGAGGAAUUAAAUCGCUAUCUUGUGAACAUCAGAUUGAAUCCACCGCCUUAUUCAGUUUGCGUUGUCACUUUCCGCCACGAUGACGACUCCAUAGUUUUUUCGGAUGCCUCUGAUGUCAUGUUUGUAAGGGAUCAAGGAAGUGAAAACGACGGAUCUGGGACCGAUGAUUCACAUGCCACACCACUUGGUGGAAUAAGAGACAAGUUGGAAAAUCUUCAUUUGGACUCAUCAUCAUCAUCAGCUGACAUAGUUUUGGAUUCGGGCGAUUAUUCAUCUGAAGACGAUGUUGUUGUCGUAGAUAAGCUUGUAGUUUCCGAAUCAAUGUUGUCUUCAGACACUUCAUCUGCUCAACAGGAACAGACUAGCAGUAGUGACGGUCAAAGUGACUGUGUUGAUUUUGAUUAUUAUACACCACCAACGUCGCCAGAGCCGAUCUAUAUUUAUGAAGGGAUUCCAUCGAAGGAUGAUGAGGAACUAGCAAUUGCGCUCUCUUUGGUCGACCCGCAACUGAUUCAACGUUAUGGUGCUGUUGCCGAAUAUGUGCGACAUUUAAACAGCAUUCCGGAAUCGGAGCGUUCCCAGUGGCCAUUCACUGAUUCACCACGUGCCAAAAAACGCAGAAUGUAA